AUGACUUCAUUCACAGCUGUUAGGGAGGAUGAGUACUACCUGGCAGGAAAGAUGAUUGCUGUGUCAGUUGUGCAUGGAGGUCCAGGACCCCAUUUCCUGUCAGAAGAUCUUGUACAUUAUCUUUCAGGCCAGCCUUCAUUCAAAGCACCAAUUAAUUUAAUAACUGAUGAAGACAUAGGGAAAGCUUUGCAAGAGAUUGAGAGUGCUGCUUCAUUGGAUGCUCUGCAAGAAUGCAUGAUGAGACACAGCACAAUGUUACAGACAGCAGGUUGUCUGAGGCACGUGGCUACUGUCGAAGAAAAGAAAGAAAUCGUGUCCGACUACCUUCAGUGGUAUAUUAUUGACCGCAACUCAUCUGUAAUUGACAGAUUCAGAGAUGGUCUUUCAACCCUGGAGUUUUUGACUGCACUACAGCAACACCCUACUUUGCUGGCCCCUGUUCUGUGCCACACUGAAAAGCGACUCACUGCUUUUGAACUUGAGAAACUCUUCAAACCCGACCUCAGUCCAUCAGGGAGUAAUCGACGACUUAAAGAAAGUCAAACCAUGGCCUAUUGGGCAGAUUAUCUCCUUGAUUGUGAAGAAGGCCAGGCUGCUGUGUCUGUGGAAGAUGUUUUGAUGUUUGCUACUGGGCUGUCUUCACUUCCCCCAUCUGGCUUGGAACCACCGCCACAAAUAGAGUUCCUGGAUGACUCUGCGUUCCCCAUGGCAAACACAUGUUCAAACUCCUUGAGAUUACCACUCCUAGACUCAUUCACUUUGUUUAAGUCACAAAUGGACUUUGGAAUUCAAAAUAGUCCAGGAUUUGGCUGUUUCUAAGCUAUAUGAUGGAUGACUCAG